AUGUACAGCAGAGUGAAAGAAGUUGUAAAAACAAUGUUAUCUACAGUGAAGUGGAUGUCGUUAACGUCUGAUGUGUGGACUUGUAAAGAAACACGUUACAGUUUCAUUAGUUUAACUGCUCACUGGAUAGGCGAUAAUUUUGAGAGAAAAAGUGCUGCACUAAGUAUCAAAGUAUUUCCUGGCAGACAUACGGGAGAAGCAGUAUCCGAAAAAUUAACAGAACUAUUGUCAUUUUGGGAUAUCGAUAAAAUCAAAGUACAUUUGCUAAUGCGAGAUAAUGGUGGCAAUAUGAAGAAAGGGUACAGAUUAUGUGACAUUGCUAGUGAAUCCUGUACUAUUCAUACUUUGCAGUUGGUUAUUAAAGGUGCAAUUAAAUCUGAUAAGGGAGUAAGAAUAUUGUUGAAAAAGUGUAGAAAAAUUGCUACUCAUAUUCACAAAUCUUCGCCUUCGAGCAGUGCUUUGGCUCAAAUUCAAGUAGAUUUAAACAUACCAAUAAAAAAAGAAUUAGAGAAUUGUCUGGACUUAUUCGCAGAAACGCAAGAGGAUAAUACAAAUUCAAAAGGUUUGGAAUGUGCAGAAUGUGAACUUUUAGAAGAACUUAUUAAUCUUCUGAAACCAUUUGAGGAAGUUACAAAAUCUUUGAGUUCCAAUGAUUCUUGUAUAUCGGAAGUUAUCCCAACAAUAAAAGCGUUGAAAUUUUGCUUAUCGAAGAGAAAAGUUAGUUCCACAUUAAUCUCAUUUAAAGCAUCUUUGGAGGCUGAUUUGGAAACCCGAUUUAAAGACAUUUUUGGAUCCACGUUUCAAAGCUCAUCUUUUAUCAACAGCUUCCUUAGAAGACAUUAA